AUGAAAAAUAUCAAAAAUAUGAAAAAUAUAAAAAGUGAAGGUUUCAUUUUUUUUGUACUUGUUUUUUUUAUAUGUAUUAUUUUUGGUUGUAUAUAUGAAAGUCUGCACGAGGGUCCAUAUAAAAAAACCCUUAACAGUCUUCAUGAAUCAACAAAGUAUAGACAUUUUAAUAAGAUCAGGUUAUUAACAGAAUAUAAAGACACAUUACAAAUUAAAGUAGAACAAAAAUCUUUACGUGAUUAUGUAAAUAAUGAUCGUUAUAAUAAUGUAAAUACGAAUGAUUAUACUUCAUACAAAGAUAAGGGAGAGCAAUUUAAUGAUACCAUUUGUGUUGUUGAUAAAAAAAAAGAGAAUGUAACUAUUAAUAAUGAAGAAGAAUGUAAUAAAAAUUUUUAUCAGUAUUUACAAUAUCUUGAACAUAACAACAAACAGGACAAUAAAUAUGAAGAAACGAAUUAUUUCUUACAGGGAAAUGAUAAACAUAUAGAUAGUGAACAUAAUGGAAUAAAUAAAAUGUACAAAGAAACAAUACAUAAAACACUAACAUCUGAUGUAUCAACAGAAAAUUCAUAUACUCAUAAUAAUUCAAGAGAUGAUGAACCUCAAAAUGGAAAACGCACAUAUAAUAAUCAAUCUAAUAAUAAUUUGCCAUAUGAUAAUUCUUCUUAUAAUAUAUCACCUUAUCAUGGUCCAAAUAAUAAUGUACCUUAUAAUAAAUCAAACAAUUUUGAACAAUGUAACACUCAAGAUAAUAAACACUGUAAUGAUCUAGACACAUAUCAUACGUGCUAUGGACCUGAUAAUUAUCCACAAAAAUAUGAUAAUUAUCGACAAGAAUGUGAUAAUUAUCGACAAGAAUGUGAUAAUUAUCGACAAGAAUAUGAUAAUUAUCCACAAAAAUAUGAUAAUUAUCGACAAGAAUGUGAUAAUUAUCGACAAGAAUAUGAUAAUUAUCCACAUGGGUUUGAUAACUAUCCACGUGGGUUUGAUAACUAUCCACAUGGAUAUGAUAAUCAUCCCCAUAGACCGCAUAUUUAUCCACAUGGGUUUGAUAAUCAUCCCCAUAGACCUCAUAUGUAUCCACAUAAUUUUCCGAUGAGAAAUGAAUCAGUGGGGGGCCCUUAUUACAGACCCCCUCAUAUAAUAGAACGAUCGAAUUAUUAUAAAAAUCCAAAAAAGGCCCCUCACAAUAUGAUGUUACCAUGUGAUACCAUGAAAGAUAAUAAAUCGAUAUGUGAUGAACAAAAUUUUCAACGAGAAUUAGAAAAAAUAAUAAAAAAAAAUAAUUUACAAAAUGGUAAUAUCAGAGAUAAUCAUGACACAAGAAUUAAUGAUUAUAAUAAAAGAUUGACAGAAUAUAAUAAAAGAUUAACAGAAUAUAAUAAAAGAUUAACUGAAUAUACCAAAAGAUUAAACGAACAUUAUAAAAGAAAUGGUUAUAAUAUACAAAAUAGACAAAAUAGUAUAGAACGUGCACAAUCAAAUGAUGUAGUUUUAUAUGGACAUAAUUUUCAAAAUGCUUUUAGAUAUAAACAAAAUACACGUUCGUAUUAUCCACAUGUUAAUUCAAACGAAGCAACACAUCAUCAAAAAACAAUGUAUUUUACUCAACAAAAUAAUUAUUCAAGAGAAGAAUAUCCAAUAAAAAGUGAACAACAUUUGUAUCAUGUAAAAUCAAAACGUUUGGAAAAAAAAUUGUAUGAUUAUCAAAAUGGUACAAACCCUGUAACCAACUUUUUAGAGCGCCAUUUUUAA